UACAUUUCCUAGCAGGCGUUGCUGCUUCCAAGUUGACACCUAGCCAAUCCCCGCCUUUACAGAACCACACGUGACCUCGGGUAAGUUCCUGCUGAGGCUUCAGGGGAAACAGAUCGACAUCCAGCCACGGGAUUAUCGCAGUUUGCGGCCUGUGGAAGCCCCCCCUCACCGUGAGUGAUGGCUUCGCCGAUCUCCGCCUACAACUCCAACGCCUUGGACACUCACAUCUCCCCUACCUCCCGAGAGUCUCUGAAGAUGGAGUUGUUGGCAGAUGUGACGCUGCUCCCAGGAGAAGACCGAAUAACAGAUAAAGAAAUCAUCUACAUUUGUCCAUUUAACGGAGCAGUGAAAGGAAAAGUGUUGAUCACCAACUACAGACUUUACUUCAAGAGUUCAGAUGCUGAUGUGUCAUUGACGCUGGACGUUCCUCUGGGUUGCAUCAGUCGGGUGGAGAAGAUGGGUGGGGCCUCGAGUAGAGGGGAGAACUCCUACGGCCUGGAUAUCACCUGCAAGGACAUGAGGAACCUGAGGUUUGCUUUAAAGCAGGAGGGUCACAGCAGGAGAGACAUCUUUGACCUUCUCUCAAGGCAUGCGUUCCCUGGUUCACAUGGGAUGCUUCUUUUUGCAUACCUGACUCAGGAGAAGUAUGAGGAGAAUGGCUGGAAUAUAUACAAACCUGUAGAAGAAUUCCGGCGGCAGGGUUUACCCAACAACAAAUGGCGAAUCACCUUCAUCAAUAAGAACUAUGAAUUGUGCGACACCUACCCCACUGUGCUGGCAGUUCCCUAUAAAAGCAAAGAGGAGGAUCUCAGGAGAGUCGCAGCAUUCAGGUCAAAAGGACGGAUUCCAGUUCUGUCAUGGAUCCACAGGGAGAAUCAGGCAGUCAUUGUUCGCUGCAGUCAGCCUCUUGUGGGGAUGUCGGGCAAAAGGAACAAGGACGACGAGCGCUACCUGGAUAUGAUCCGAGAAGCGAAUGACACCACGAAACUCACCAUCUUCGAUGCUCGGCCGAAUGUCAAUGCUGUGGCCAAUAAGGCGACAGGAGGCGGCUACGAAGGAGACGAGUAUCAGAAUGCAGAGCUGGUUUUCCUCGACAUUCACAACAUUCAUGUCAUGAGGGAAUCUCUGAAGAAGCUUAAAGAUAUUGUCUACCCUAACGUGGAAGAAUCCCACUGGCUGUCCAGUUUAGAGUCCACUCACUGGCUAGAACAUGUCAAGCUGGUGCUGUCGGGAGCCAUUCAGGUGGCAGAUAAGGUGUCCAGUGGAAACUCGGUGCUGGUCCACUGCAGUGACGGCUGGGAUCGAACUGCUCAGCUCACCUCCCUGGCAAUGCUUAUGCUAGACAGUCACUACCGCACACUCAGAGGAUUCCAGGUACUCAUUGAGAAAGAGUGGAUCAGCUUUGGUCACAAAUUUUCCUCUAGGAUAGGUCACGGUGACAAGAACCACGCAGACCAGGAGAGGUCACCUAUUUUUGUCCAGUUCAUCGACUGUGUUUGGCAGAUGACCAAACAGUUUCCCACAGCCUUUGAGUUCAAUGAGCGCCUCCUGCUGACCGUUCUUGACCAUCUAUACAGCUGUCGCUUUGGCACCUUCCUCUACAACUGUGAGAGCGUGCGAGAACAGCAGGAAGUGAGGGCCAAGACGGUGUCCCUGUGGUCGCUGGUGAACAGCAAGACAGACAUUUAUCUGAACCCCUUCUACACUCCAGAGUCUGGGAGGGUCCUUUAUCCUGUCGCCAGCAUGCGCCACCUAGAGCUCUGGGUUACCUACUACAUUCGCUGGAACCCGCGUAUACGACAACAGCAGCAGAGUCCUGUGGAACAGCGCUACAAGGAGCUGCUAGCCCUCCGAGACGAAUACUUGAAGAAGCUGGAGGAGCUGCAGCUGUCCGACUCCUCCCCUUCCUCCCGUCUGGCAAACAGCUCCAGCCCCAACACCUCCGCCUCCACUUCCCCGACUCCAUCACAGCAAUACACACACCUACAGACCCCUUUCUGAGGACGGCGGACAUGUAUUGAUAAGCUUGCACUUAUGUCCCCUCCACUCCUGUCUCUCACACACAAACAAUAUAUUAGUUUUGUACAGUCCUAACACCGAACCGUAAUACAUUUUGAUGGGUAACUUUUAACACCAUUGAUGCUGAUGUUGAUUAUGCAAUAUGUCACAGUACAGCCUUACACGUGCACACACAGACACACACUUCAUGAAAAUACAGUGAAGCCUUAUGGACAGUUGGUGGCUUUAACUUCAAGGGCUUGAACACACAGGAUGUGCAGCGGUCUCUUAUUACAUCCAGUCAUUUUGACACUGAAGCUAAUGGUGAUGAUCGCAGUGCUGCUGAUCUACUGAGUGUUAUGAAAUAUACCUUUACAGAGCGACUAGUUGCUCUUGCUAUUCUUUCGCUUUGCAGGAACAGUUAGCCUGCUAAUGGGACGUGGGUGGAUCACGGACUUAAAAGCUGCUGUUUUGCCUCUUGUAGACCAAGUGAGUGUCAGGGAGGUAGUUUACCGCCCCCUGCAGUCAAUGUCAAACCAAAUUGAAGGGUAGACACUGGUGGGUUACCUGGUCAAGUCUCAUGAAGGCCCUCUGAUUUCCUCCCAUGUACGAACCAAAGGCUAGAAAUGUGAGCAUGUAUUGAUGUCUGAGGAGAUGUUCUUAAUCACUGCACGUGCAGUUUCAAAUGGUAAUUUGGAUGAAUAAGCCCCAAGGAGACACAUUUUUUUUGCUGACUACUAGAGUUUCUGUUUAGUACAUGAGAGCGAAACAAUCUCAUGAGUCUCAUGUGAGUCAAUACUGAAGUAGGAUUUGGGCUGGUAACCUUCCUGUUGUUAGCCAUGGCCAUUAAUGAUGAUGUCACAUUUGUGAUGAUGCAAGAGGGGGCUGCAGAUGUGUGCAACUGUAUUCCAUUCACCACCUGGUUCAAGUUCUCACUUGCUGCACUGAUCCUGAGUGUGUUUGUGUCCCGCGUGGUAAUCGAUCCGGGGAUCACCGCGUAUCCCUGUCACUGUUGGCAAACUGUAAAUAAGUAUUUCUGAAUUGGACUGGUUGAUGUGGGUUUCGUUGCUUUUGCGAUGAUGAAAUGCUGAGGCUGUUUUCGUCUAAUGGCCACUGCCCGCUCAGCUAAUCCUGGAUUCUCUAGCACUUCUUAGGAACUGAUGAUGAACUACUUAGUCAGUAAUUUAUUCACUGGUUGCAGCGUUGAUACAAAGUUUAUUUGCAGGUGCUUGUGGUAGAGUAGGGAAUUGACGUGGUGCUGCCAGCCUCUGAUCCUGUGUCACCGCUUUAACCUUUAUGUUCUCUUUACAUGUGGACCCUGAUGGUGCCAGUCAGGGUCCAUGAAAGCCUUACCACGCCAAGAUGUUUCUAACCAGCACAUGAGCAGGAUAAAAUAUUUCACUCUUUCCUUCACCUGACGCUCUGUUGAUGAGUAUUCUGUUCAUCCUGACUGAGGAGGCAGCGUAACUGAUAAGUUUAACUUCUGGAAUUCUGCCCGUGACAAACUGAAAUGAUCGCUCUUACAAGCCUUAAUGAGGAACUGAUGAAAAGAUUGCUAUAUGAAUGAACAAAAUGAGCAAAAGUUGUAAGGAUGAGUAAACUGGUGUUGAUCCAACAUAGUACGCACACUGACGCUGCAUCGAGGGAGAGGCCUGUUAUGUUUCAUUAAUCUCAGGACAUCAGUUUGAUGUCAUAGCAGAAUAAUUGUGAACAGAGCGUAUUCAUCUCAAGAUCUCAUUGGAACAUCAGCAAGAGCGUGGCAAGUUUUCAAAAACUUCUGUGUCCAGUUCUGUUGCACAGAAGUUAAAAACUGUACUGUAACCCAGAGUCUGUCCAAUACAAUCAAAUCUGUUCACUCUGAUCACAAAUCCUCCUUCGUCGAGUCACUUCGGCGUGAAAAAUGUCUGAAGUCUUCACACCACUGCUGCAAGUCUGUAUCCAAGGGAAUCGUACACAGGGUAAACACUUCUCAGUCUGCAGAGCAAUGUCCAACACUUAUUCCUGACACCUCCUUCACAAAUGAAUGUUUCAUUUGAUCGUCUCUGUACAGCUGGACAGCAUCUUGGAGCCUUUACACUGCGCUCUUGAAUUGCAUUAGUCAACAGAGGGUGCACGAGAGCGUACAAAAUUGAAUUUAACUCUUAUGAAGUUAGGGACAAACUUCUGUUGUUUUUUUUUUCUGUCGUCUCCAUCUAAGUCUCAAAUUUAAUUUUUAACUGGUGGAAUUGCUCCUGUUUGAACGUCAUCACAGAACGCAUUUUUUUGUCACUUAACAUUGACUAUUUACCCUAAGAGUAUGUAUGUUUACCAGUCUCAGAGCCACUGGUGAAUGCAUGAAUCUGUCCAGCAGGGAUAAUCCAUUUUUUUGCAGUCGAUAUUCUUGGUGGCACGUUUCCUUGUAAUGCAGAAAUAUGAAAUCAUUUCUGGAUAGCUCACUCAUGAAUAUUUUUGCUGCUGACGGUUGGGGGUCAAGAAUCUAGUCAUUGGAGAUGCUGAUGGGGGCCUUUGAUCAAGUACGCUUAAUGCUCGCCUCACUGUGCGUGGUCCUGAUGGUCAGCGUCUACUGUUGCUGUGCUGUCAUAGAAUGUUUGAGGCGGCAAAAUGAAGUGUGAAGGUUUCAUUUUUGAAGGAGGUGUUUUUUGUUUUUUUUUAUUCAUGUGUCAGGUCGCGUCCAAAUUUGUGCCUUGAAUACUCAAUACUCCAAUUGCCCUCACUUUUGUGCUGACCAGGGGUCGUGGUUGACGGGGCCAACUGUGAAGCCCUCUCACAAGAAUGUCUGGCAUGUUGAUGUUUAUCGGCGAGUGACAGGAUGUGGAUGGUUGAUCUAGAAAUAGCUCAAUCUCAACUCUGUCCACUGUGAUGUUGAAAGUCCUGCUUUGUUGUGAGGACAUGAUGAAGGUUUGCCCUUUAAGACAUGUAUAAUUGAGAGCCCUAAUUUGGUUUGUCCUGCUGAUUCUCAUACAUACUUUCAUGACAUGGAAUUGACUUGAGCACUCUGUCACUGCUAGGUCUGACAGAAUGCUGUACUUUUCAAUGGAGUGCUGAUGACUUGCACGUAGACUUGCAGCUUCAGUAAUGGCAUUGAAUGCUUGAACUCAAGAGCUUGUGACAUUGACUUGUACUCUGGUGUCUACGGUGAGUUGCCAAUUGUUGACUUAAGUACUUGUGGCUCACAAACCAUUUCAUGAUGACAACACACUCAAAGUACUGACUGAAUGACUGGCUGUUGGUUGCAUAUAGUCACCCCUGCUGACUCGGAAAUGGUCUCAGAUUGUCCAAGACUUGACAUUGGUGUCUGACUUCAUGUAAAGAAUAGGGAAAAAAAAUACUAAUGAAUGUCUCUAAAUUUAGUGCGCUUCAGCGAUGGACUUCUUCUGGUGCCUACGCUUUGCACGACAAGACCCACAGCUUUUGCUAUUGUCGAGCACUUUGAUACAAAGAUAAGUCCAAAGUCAAUCACGACCCUCGGGCAGCACGAACCUGCUUCUGUUGUUGAGGGCAGAUUCCAAAAUGUUCAACCAAAUCAAAUGUUUUGACGUCUUUAAUGUUAAGGAUGUUUGGAAUGGAAGAUGAUUGACAGCGUCCUGUGGUUGUAAUUUUGAGGAAAAAAAAACAGAUCUCUAUUUUUUGUAUUUUUUACUUUGUACAAGCACCGUGAUGUAGUUACCUCAAUCAAAACUUAUUUUACUGUCUAAAAGAUCUAUUGUUGUAUGAUACAAUUAUUUUAUGUAAUGUAAAAUCUUACAGUUUUAUAAAAAGGAAAAUAAUGUUGGUUCAGAAUAUGUUGGUAUAAAUUGAAGAGUUCUGCUUCUUUGGUUCAAAUCUUUUCUCUGGAAAGGGCAUUCUCUUUGUAGUCACUAACCCUUGCUCAGUUUGAGUUCUGGAAGGAUCUUGAGCUCUCCAGUGACAAGUCUGUCCGUGUGUACCCUUUUUCUUCAUCGCUAAUGUCGGGAAACGGUCGUGUUCUGGAGCUUGGCGUCCUCGUAUAACCUGCUUUCGUAUGAAUGCACUUGAAAUGUAUGUCAGGACCUGUUGUGGCAUUUGAUCAUUUGCCGGACGUCCAAAAACACUUCUUGUUGUGUUUCUUUUGGUCACGCUAAAUCCCCUCCACAGGAUUGCUUUUCCUUUGUAAAUAAUAAUGAUUAAAUUAAUUUAAGGAUUUAUAA